CCGUGUUGCCCGGAGAAAUCGUAGGAAGAGGCUGCUCUUUCUCCUCCCCCCUCCCUCCGCUGAGAGGCGGGGGCGGGGCGUGCAGGGGAGGCGCAAAAGCUGCCGGGAAUCCCUGCGGGGAGCCGGAGCCGGACGAGACUCUCGAUUUAUACGAGUAGCAGCUCUGCCCGUGCAAAGGGGUUCCGCGCUGGAGGCGAGUGUGGAGACGGGCCAAGUCUUCCCCCGAGAUGCAGAAACUAGAGGCAUCUCAACAACUUUCCUAACAACAAAAAGUUAACUCUUGGGCAAAGAGCUUGGAUAGUUGGUCAGUUCUGCAGCUACCGGAACAGUCCUAUGAAUUGAAAGGUGUUUGGAGAUCCACAAGAUUCCUUUGUCCUGUAUGGAACUUCCUUACAGGACAGACAAAGGAUGCAGAUACAACCAUUAGCAAGUGGGGGAACUGGAAAAGGCCCCUCUGCUGUUGAGUCUGGCAGCUAUGGGAAGAUCUGGGCAAAAACUGAGAAGAGGUUCCUGGAGGAGAAAACCAUCAUCCAUUCAGAGAUUGAGCCCUGCAACUUCAGAAACAUCCAAUAUGAGGAGAUUGAUGGUCCCCGAGGACUUUCCAGCCGACUCCAUAACUUUUAUAGUCAAUGGCUGAGACCAGAAAAGCACACCAAAGCCCAGAUGUUGGACCUAGUAGUUCUGGAGCAGCUGCUGGCCCUUCUGCCACCUCUGAUGGCAAAUUGGUUGCGGGAAUGUGGAGCAGAGACCAGCUCCCAAGCGGUGGCCCUGGCUGAAGGCUUCCUCAUGAGUCAGGCAGAGGAGCAGAAGGAGCAAGUUGAAUUUCAGUUUUUCCCUCUGCAGACCAGAGAUCCUAGGAGAAUCAGGAAUCCAUCAAAUUCUUCUCAGGAGCUGUUUUCAAGGAGGAUCUAUCAGGAAUCCGCAAGUCAGGACAUCUCAGAUGGUGGUUCUGAAAGAGUGGUUGAAGUUCCAACUCAAGAGGGUCUUGUGUCCUUUGAGGAGGUGGCUGUGUAUUUCUCUGAGGAGGAGUGGUCUCAGCUGUAUGCUGGCCAAAAAGCACUGCAUUGGGAAGUCAUGCUGGAAAAUCAUAGGAACGUGGCCUCUUUGGGUAAUAAUGGGAAGGAAAAUGAAAAUUCCGGAAAACUAUUCCAAGUGAUCAGAUGUGGAUACAAUACAAAGAACCCUACAAUUCUAAUGGAAGUAGAAAGCCAUGAGAGAAACCAGUCAAAUAAUUGGAAUCAGGAAAGUUCAUCUUCCAUUCAUGCACCAAUGAAAUCAUCUAUGGCUCAACAAGGAAAAACAAAGAACAAAUAUAUUGGAAAAUGUUUAAAACCAUUCAAAGACAAAUUUGAUGUAAAUGAACACAAUCAAACCCAAACCAAAGGAGAAGAUUAUAUAUCUAGAGACAAUGGAAAAAAUUACAAAUGGACCAUGUCUUCUACACAUAAAAAUGGGUCCCGUACAUCUGAAAAAAGAACCCAGGCAGAAGAGAAGCCCUAUAAGUGCAUGCAGUGUGGAAAGAGCUUUAUUAAGAACCAUCAACUUAUCUACCAUAAAAAGAUCCACAAAGCAGAGAAAACAUAUAAAUGCAAGGAGUGUGGGAAAAGCUUUACUAGUAACAGUCAUCUUACAUGUCAUCAAAUAAUCCAUACAGGGGAAAAGCCUUAUAAAUGCAUGGAGUGUGGAAACAGCUUUACAAACAAUAGAGAAUUUACUUCACAUAAAAGGAUUCACACAAGAGAGAAGCCCUACAAAUGCACAGAGUGUGGAAAGUGCUUGAGCUCACUCAAAAAUCUUUCUGUACAUGAAACGAUUCACACAGGGGAAAGGCCUUAUAAAUGCAUGGUGUGUGGAAAGACCUUUAUUCAUACAACUCAUCUUAGUUCACAUAGAAGGACCCACACAGGAGAGAAGCCCUAUAAAUGCAUGGUGUGUGGAAAGAGCUUUACUCAGAGCAGCAAUCUUACUUCUCAUGAAAGGAUCCACACAGGAGAGAAGCCCUAUAAAUGCAUGGCGUGUGGAAAGAGCUUCACCCGUAGUACUUAUCUUACUUUGCAUUAUCGAAUCCAUACAGGAGACAUGCCCUAUAAAUGCCUAAAGUGUGGAAAGAGCUUCACCUGUAGUACUUCUCUUACUUUGCAUUAUCGGCUCCAUACAGGUGAGAAGCCCUAUAAAUGUAUGGAGUGUGGAAAGAGGUUUCCCAAGAGCACUGAUCUUGUUUUCCAUAAAAGGAUCCAUGCAGGGGAAAAGCCAUAUACAUGCCUGGAGUGUGGAAAGAGCUUUGUUAAGAACUCUCAACUUAUUUACCAUAGUAGGACACAUACAGGGGAGAAGCCAUAUAAAUGCAUGGAGUGUGGUAAGGCUUUUAUUACAAAUAGUUCUCUUAACGUCCACAAAAAAACCCACACAGGGGAGAAGCCUUAUAAAUGCAUGGAAUGUGGAAAGAGUUUUUCUAGAAACAAUAUUCUUAACUCCCAUAAAAGGACGCACACAGGGGAGAAGCCGUAUAAAUGCAUAGAAUGUGGAAAGGGUUUCUCUACGAAUAGUUAUCUUAACAUCCAUAAAAUGACCCAUACAGGGGAGAAGCCACAUAACUGCAGGAAGUGUGGGAAGAGCUUUAUUCAGAACAGCGAACUUAUUUACCAUAGUAGGACACAUACCGGGGAGAAGCCAUAUAAAUGCAUAGAGUGUGGAAAAUGCUUUUCUUUCUCUGGUAGUCUUACUCGCCAUAAAAAGACUCACACAGGGGAGAAGCCUUAUAAAUGCAUUGAAUGUGGAAAGUGUUUUUCUAGGAAGAAUUAUGUUAACACCCAUAAAAGGAUCCACACGGGGGAGAAGCCGUAUAAAUGUAUGGUGUGUGGAAAAGGUUUUAUUACAAAUAGUUAUCUUAACUUUCAUAAAAGGACCGCACAGUGUAAAAGCUCUAUAAAUCUGUGAAAUAUGGAAACAUCUUCAAGAGGACCAAUGGGCAAAUGUUCCAUAUAUAGAUACAUUUGGGUGAGAAACUGUUACGUUUAGUUUUUGAAAUAUAUGCAUUUCCUAAUUGCAUCUGAAUUUUUUGACUCUGACUUUCACAAUUGGAAGCCCCAGAGAUGAAUUUACUAAUGGAAACCAAAUGCUACGCAUGUGGUGUUUUAAAGAUGAACAGUGGAUUAUUUUAGCUACUGUCAUUUGAAGGCCAUCAAUGCCAUUUCAUUUAAAAAAAAGAGAACACCUUUUUUGUUCAUGUUUUUCCCAUUUCCAAUUGGAUCAUAAUAAAGAAAGCCCAAAUCCCCAAUGAAACUUUAUAAAAGUUUAAUUUUUGAGAGCAAGAAUCGGGUUGAGCUAGCAAAAUGUCAUUCCAGGCAUACUAUGGGAAAGGCAUAAAUCACGAAAGAUGUCAGAUGCCUAUCUUUGCUUUCUUUGAAGCUCCUAGCAACUGCCAUAACUAGGAAGAAGGGGACACUUGGCAGGGGAAGAGCAUUGGAAGCGGAUUGUUGUGAGAAUUUGGGAGUAUGGAUAUGAACAGGAGCCAGUGGUGCCAAACUGAGCCAUCUUCCUGCCCUCAAGGACACCAGCCCUGGGAAAGGAAUUAUAUCUGCUGGUGAGGCAUCAGGUUGCUAAAACAUUGGACCAGGAUUGGAUUGGACUGAUCUAACCAAGGGAAGGGGUUUGGACAUUGGAGAUUGCUUUCAAUAUAUAGUUUUUGCGCAGUUUUCUUCAGAGCUUGCCUUGCUUAUGCUGCACUUGGUAUCUUUAGUAAAAGUACCUUUUCUCUAACA